AUGUUCGUCUUCGUGGUGGGUACACUUAUUGUCUCUCUUCUUGUACAAAUCGGAGAAACAGCGAAGUGCACUGCCAAGAGUGGAGAUAUCAGUGCCCGGUGGCAAGUGGUCGACGGAGAACUUACUGUAGAGGUAACCACCAACAACAUUGGAAACAAUGAAUGGUCUGCUGUUGGCUUCGGACCAGACAUGAGUGAUUUGAAUGUGGUAAUAUUCCAAGUAGUUGAUUUCAAACCAAGUUUGGUAACUGGAACAACCCAAGGAUACGGAGCUCCAACCUUGGAUUCCUCGCCAUCUGUAACUCUCCAAUCUCUAAAUUACAACAGUAACACUAUGGUUGCUCGAUUUGCCCGUCCACUUGGCUCCCUCUCUACAUGCACAACUUGGAAUUUCGUCACUGAUGGAGCUAUCGAAGACGGAUCAAUCGGAUAUCACAACACUGCUCCCCACUCUGUAGAAAUUUGUGCUGACAAGUGUACCCGCAAGAUUUUCGACUAA